AUGAACAAUACCUCUUUGGGCAAGGAGAACAUCAAUUCUUCGUGGAACCCCGUAUUUGUGAGUAUCUCCAUCGUCUGUUAUUCCUUGAUUAUCGCAUUCUCCCUUCUCGGCAACAGCCUCGUAUGUCUGGCAAUUUGCCUGAAUAAAAGUCUUCGCUCUUCACCGGCCAUGUCUUUCAUCUUUUCACUGGCCCUCUGUGAUCUGUUAACUGCCAUUUUCGCAAUGCCGUUUGAUGCUGAAAGCCUACUCCAGAACAGCGCCUGGAAACAUAGCGAAACUCUCUGCAUUGUAUGGACAACGACUUAUCUAUUCAGUGUCCCUACAUCGAUACUGACGCUCCUGGUCUUUACGAUUGAUCGAUACAAGACCCUGAGUGAUCCGCUAAGAAGGUUUCGCAAAUCGAAGUUCUUAUCCAUCCGAACCUCUCGUAUUGUGGUGGUGUUCCUAUGGUGCUACUCCCUGGCGUUCUGCUUACUGCCUGUCAUGGGGUGGCGACGUAUGCCUCAUUACGUUGUUGGAGGUUACUGCAAUUUCAACAUCACGUUCACCUAUUCAGUUGUAAGCAACAUCCUUCACUUCAUACUACCAUUGCUGAUCAUCGGCGGAAUUUAUUUCAAGAUUUAUCGCAUCGCACAAAACGUGAAACAAUGCCACGAGCUGGGUGAGGGUAAAAACUCUUUUCCUGGCCACAUUGCCCGACACCCUUCCUCGCGCGAUCAAAGACACUUUAAGCGAAAUCUCAGAGGAACUAAGACAAUUGCUGUGAUAGUUUGUGCAUUGUUCAUCUGCUGGCUUCCUUACAGUGUAACUAGCACUGUCUUUGGCCUUUGUAAAACGUGUUUUUUUAAAUCCCCACCGGAAGUAUCCGUCGCGCUACUUAUGCUGGGAUACCUCAACUCGGCCCUAAACCCUUUCAUCUAUUCUCUCAGGAACCGGAAGUUCAAGGACACGUAUCGCAUUCUCUUCCGGUCGCUGAGGAAAAUUAGAAGAAAUGCACAGCGCAGGUCAAGAGCGUCUCCUAAAACAAGUGACUCAUCGAUAUCCGGAAGACAUCACGUAAGCGUCAUCGGGCACGCCAGUAGCAUAAGAUUGACCUCUUUCACUGUCUCUGUUUCAAUAAAUUAA